CACACGCUCAAGGAAUGCUUCUGGAAGCUUCCAGUGGCAUCGGCUGGUGUAUAAAUACAACAGCGAACUGAGCUUCUGAACCAAACCGACUCCAGACUGAACAGGAGGACCAUCAGGAUGUUGUGUCCCAGCGUGUACCGCCCGCCGUCUGCCAGCAUCAGGCCCUUCCUGGACCUGCACUGGCCCAUCCGCAGCCUGUGGCCCGAGACCCGGCCCCUCUUUUUCCACAUGGAGCAAGAGAUGAUCCGCCACCUGGAGGAGAUGAGGCAGAGCAUGGAGUUCAUGGAGAGGCUGCGCCAGAAGAUCUUCGAGGAGAUCGACCAGGUCUCCAGCUCAUACUCGACUGCACUCCAGCCCAUCGCCUUCCAGGAGCUGCGCCCGAACAGCGGCACGUUUGCCCUGAGCCUGGACACCAAAGAGUUUACUCCAGAAGAACUGUCCAUCAAACAGGUGGGCAGGAAGCUGAGGGUGAGCGGGAAGACAGAGAAGAAACAGGAUGAUGGAAAGGGAUCCUACUCCUACAGGUGUCAGGAGUUCAGGCAGGACUUCGACCUGCCGGAUGGCGUCAACCCAGAGAAUGUCACCUGUUCGCUGGUGGACGGCCAGCUGCAAAUACAGGCACCACGGCAGCAAAUGGUGGACAGAAAAGAGAGAGUCAUCCCCAUCAGUCUCACCACGACCCCGACACUCACUCGCUGCUCAGAGACAGAGGUCUCCUCCACGGGGACAGAGGUCUCAGAGAGUGGACCUGCCACUGGUCAGGUGGAGACCAGCUAAUCACCUGGACAACAGACUGUCAAGGAUCCCCGAAGUGUCUUUAUUCAUCCGGUUUUGUAGUUUGAUGGACGUUUGGUCGGUCUUCUUGUGUGACCUCACAGUGAACUGAUGGAAAAUGUUUAUGUGUUCGUCUUUGACUUACUGAAAGAAAACUGGCUGUAAAAGUGAUGAUUUGUAUUAAAAAUCCUUAUUUGUGGGCUGUGAAAAGUUUGUAAAAAUAUCAAAGGGAUUUAUUUUGUUAAAAGCCCCAAAAGGCUAAAGGUGACGCCAUAAGAUCAAGAUAGUUUCAUGUUGAAGAAAACACCAUCCAAAUACUUAUGGACCUAACCACACCGCUGUUCACAACAAGCAACAGUGGCCUCUAGUGGCCACCAGAAGCCUGCAUUUAGCAACAAGGCUUCACAAACGACUUGAUGGAAGCGUGGGCUAUUAUAUUGUUUAACAGAUGCCAACGUGGUCCAAACCAGGACCAAUACUCUGGUCCUUGUGAGGAUCCAGCUCAACAAUCCGCGCUUCAUUUUUCCAUGCUCACUGACUGUCCGUGUCCCUGCAGCCUGGAACACCUGAAGUAUCGCUGCAGUUUUUUCUGCUGGUUCUGAGACGACUUACACCAGUUUAAAAAGACACUUAAAACCCGUUCUCGUGUCUCUGGUGCAGAAAAGCUCCAAUAGACAAAACUCUGGUUUAUCAAAGGGGGAAAAAAAAAAGAGAGAAAAAAAGAGUAGAAUUCCACAAAGUGAAUUAAAGGAAUAUUCGGUCUUGAUGGAUCAUUUUGGGUUAAAUAAGAACAAAG